AUGGCUACCAGAUUUGCGUCUUCGUCAACCCAGUCGUCGGCGACUUCUACGCCCGAUCAUGCCGGUCCGUCCUCGUCCACUAGACCUGCGUCUGGAACUGGACGGACCACCCAUUUCGGCUUCAGAGAUGUGCCCGAAGAAGAGAAAGAGACUCUUGUCGGAGGUGUCUUUUCAUCGGUCGCGUCCAGCUAUGACCUGAUGAACGACGGGAUGUCGCUCGGUGUUCACCGAUUAUGGAAGGACAACUUUGUCAGCUCCAUGCUCCCUCGAUUACCACCAUCAUAUCACCAGCAUCCCGAGCCCGCCAACCCCAGCUCAGUUCGACCAGCAAAUCCCAAGUUCAAGUGUCUAGACGUAGCGGGUGGAACUGGAGAUAUCGCUCUGCGUAUCUUGGAUCGCGCGAGAGAAAAGUUUGCUAGUCGGGAUGUUGAGGUGGAGAUCGUGGAUCUGAACCAGGGGAUGCUCGAUGAAGGGAGGAAGCGGGUCGCAAAGACAUUAUACUACAACACUCCUCAGAUCGCUUUCACCCAUGGCAACGCUCAGUCAUUACCCUCUCAUAUCGCCGACAAUUCCAUCGACCUCUACACGAUCGCUUUCGGAAUCAGGAACUGCACGUCGAUACCAGCUGCGCUCAGCGAGGCAUACAGGGUGUUGAAGCCGGGAGGCAAGAUCGGGGUCCUGGAGUUUGGAAAGGUGUCAAACCCUCUUCUUAGAGAGGCCUACCGCCAAUAUUCAUUCCAGUUCAUCCCUAUCCUAGGCAAGAUCCUCGCGGGAGACGCAGACUCGUACCAAUACCUCGUGGAGUCGAUCGAGAAGUUCCCCACUCAGCCUGAAUUUGCGCAGCUUAUGCGCGAUGCGGGCUUCCAGACGGGUCAGAUGAAGGAGGGCCGAGGCGGCGCAUGGCGGGACUUUACUUUUGGCGUUUGCUCAAUGUGGACCGGUGUCAAGGCAUAA